AUGAUGAGGCUGCAAUUACCAUAGUCCACCUGCUAUCGCAGCCAUUAGUGUUGUGCGGGAAUUGAGAAUGCCUCCGUCUCGUUACUGCACUUUCUGGCUGCCUCCUGCCGUUGUGGAAUGAUGCAGCGACGGCACGUGCUGGUCUUACUCGCCGCUGACGACUGUCCUGGACACGAAAAUGGACACUCUCUGGAAGCAAUCCCUACGCUGAGACUUUGCCGGUCUGGCCAGGCGGGAGAGGCGGUAUUGUCACGAACCGGGCAGGCGCAGUAGCUUCUGUCCCGCUGGUUCCACGGCUUGAGAGCUACGACAAUGUAUUUAUUGAUGUGGAUUUACACUGAGAGGGUUCGGACUGAAAAACAAGGGCCACAGGAUAUCAUUUGGUCCUCUCCUUUCUCGUUCCUUUUCUUUUGAUCUCGAGUGUGCUUGGAGUCAGAGACAAUUCGAGCAUUCACGAAACAGGAAGCUUUGACUUUGCGACUGCGCCUCCUGGAACUUGCUCCCAGCGCCGUGUCUUUCCUUCCCGAGGUGCAGAAACAGCUUGAGGGCAGCUCGAGCUGUUCCUUCCUACGAGUCGGCCUUGGGUUUGUUUACAUCUCCCCUUCGAGCAGCUUUCGACUCUCGUGGAACUCUUCAUCCUCUGCCUGCUUCCGCUCCCUUUGCUGACCUGCAUCUGUCUCGCAACUAUUCCUCCUACCGAGAUUAUUCAGUUCGCACGCAAGCAUUGAUUUGACCUCGGGUCAGCCUACAAUCCUGGAAAGACAACGCGCCGACGUUCAGUCGCCGGAUAUCCGCCCGCCCUCCCGGUACUUUUCCUUCCCUGACUAUCAGCCAAGCAGCCGAACAAUGGAGCGUCAGCCCUUGCUUCAACAGGUCGGCAACCUUGUCGGCACCCACCAGCAGGACGAGGAAGGCCAGCGUUCUGGUGGCGACCAUCCCAUCUUCCUUCGCGUUGCGCAUUCGCCAUGGAGGCCCCUCAACCAAAAUGCCCUGGGCUAUAUUCGGGCUGCCCUCGUGGCCUACCUCAUCGCAACAGCUGGCAUGCUGCUCGACUACGAAAUCAAACAUCGUCCGAGCGAAUACUCCAACUGGCGUAUCCCCUUCCAGUUCUCUGCAGUCACCUGGUUCUUCCUCAUUGUGUACCACGUCCUUGUCUUUUCGUGGACCAUCACACACAUGCACUGGCCCGACAUCGACGCCAACGACACUCGCUGGGAGUCCCGACUGCUUCGCUUCAUGUCUCCGCCUGAGCAGACUGCAGACGGACGCGGCCGCAUUUAUUUCAGCCUGUUCCACGUCGUCACCCACGUUUUUGCCCUCAUGAAUGUUAUCGUGUACUGGACCAUCCAGGCGCCAAGCGGCCAUGCUCACCUGCCAGUACCCGGCGAUGGCGGCGAUGGUGGAGGAGAUGAUGGUGACGGCGACGCCUUCAUGCUCUUCGAAGAUGGUCCCAGCAAGAAUCCUUUCAAAUUGGUCAAGGGCUGGUUCCCGAUGUUCAUCCUGUUCAAUCUCUACGUCUUCCCGGCUCUCGAGGUCGUGGCCGAGUCCGUGAUCCUGAACAGCAUGAGACGACCUGACCCUGUACCGACCCACCUGUUCGCCAGUAUUGGGUCCGCUGCAUUGUACCUGGGAUAUGCGGCAAUUGGAGGGAAGCUAACCGGCGACAAUGCCUUUUUCUGGCUGGACGAGUCCAUCGUUGGCAGCAAAGAGAAGGUGACAGCAUACUGCACUGGCUUUGUCGCUCUGGCAGCUGCAUCUUUUGCCACGCUCUACGGCCUGGUCGGCAUGCGCGAGAGCAUCUCUGACCGUGCCCAUUCUCGAUGAUUCGCCAUCAAGCACGCAAUGCUGUGAAGGCACGCCGUGGCCGCGGUUGGGCUGCGAGCCCAACCUGCGCUCAGGGAAUUUGGCUCUCACCAGACUGGAUCGCUGGUGCAUUACGUUUCGUCGUCAGGGUGGGCAGAAGGGAGAAGACGGUAAUAAUAAUGAUGUGUCCGAAAUGGGUUGUUGUUGAUUAAUCACAGGCCUACCUAAAGAAUGUUUCAUAGACUUUGCACAAUAGAGAUUGAGAAUACGUGCGCCUCACGCAUGAUGCACUUGGAA